UACACUGCGAGUUUGUCGGGUGGCGUUUUGGUUCCGUUGAUGCGACCGGGAGUUUGGCGGGCGCAGUCUACUAUUAAGCACAGUGGAGGCCCUUUCCUAAAGUCAUCUGAAGUUAUGUACACACCUCUUAUACAGCCUCAGGCGUCACCCGGCAUACGAAUAGGGACUGUCGACCCCCUGGCUUUAUUUACGGGGAUAACAGAGGACAAUACCCUCCCAUCAUAUAUCGUUGAUUUGUUUGCUCCUGUUGCCUUUCCACCCCACAACAAACAUCUUCACCGCACCCCUCAAGACAAGCAAAAAUGCCUUCAGAGCACAUUCCCCGUCAAGACCGUUACUGGUCAGCUUUUGACAAUGAUGAGCUGGGAAAUGACGACCUGUCCCUCCCCAAAGCCACUGUUCAAAAGAUUGUUGGGGAGAUUCUGCCAUCGUCAACAGGCAUCGCCUUCGCCAAGGAGGCCCGCGACCUCCUUAUAGAGUGCUGUGUCGAGUUCAUCACUCUCAUCUCUAGCGAGGCGAACGAGAUUUCUGAGAAGGAAGCCAAAAAGACUAUCGCUUGUGACCACAUCACCAAGGCGUUGGAGCAACUCGGCUUUGCCGACUACGUUCCUGCCGUUUUGGAAGCCGCUGCAGAGCACAAGGAAGUCCAAAAGGGACGUGAGAAGAAGGCAAACAAGUUUGAGCAGAGCGGCAUGACAUUGGAGGAACUCGAACGUCUCCAGCAAGAGCAGUUUGCCGAUGCUGCCAAGAGACACAUAGGAUGAUGAACUCCCAGGCAUCGCCAAUCUGUUGGAGGACGAGUAUACUGGGUGCACUUUGAAAGUGGUGGAUUGCAUUUAUAGGCGUUCGUCCCUGGGAAUUUUGGGAAGGUGUUAGUAUAGCCUUUUCUUGUCGUCUUGAGUUCUACAAACAUAUGAUAUACCCAGGUUGAGUCUCUGACAUCUUUGUUGAACCACUUCAAUGAACGGAGGGAAACCAAGAAUAGUGCACUCUAUUGAAGACCGC